AUGCUACACGGCUUUUCGACUGACGAGGACGAUUCCUCAGACGAAGAAAUAGACGGACCCCCGGUUGAUAUCACAAAACUACCUACCAUAGCGAAGGACGACGAAACAGUACAAAAGAGACUAGAGAGAGCCAAAAAACAACCGGCCGUAGACCGGGGAGUCUUGUAUCUAGGACAUCUACCCCACGGAUUCUACGAGGAUCAGCUCAAGGGAUAUUUUUCUCAGUUUGGGAAUGUAACUCGGCUGCGAAUCUCUAGAAAUAAAAAGACCGGAAGAUCCAAACAUUACGGUUUUUUGGAAUUUGAUUCAUCCUCAGUCGCUGAAAUUGUUGCGGAGACGAUGAAUAAUUACCUACUCAUGGGACAUAUCCUCCACUGCAAAGUCAUACCGAAGGACGAGAUUCAUCCAGAGUUAUGGGUAGGCGCGAAUAGGAAAUGGAGAGUUGUACCUAUGCAGCGUGUCGCGCGAGUCAAGCAUAACAAACUGCGAACUCUGGAAGAACAGGCCAAAGCAACCAAACGUUUGCUCAGACGACAGAACGAUAAAAAGAGCAAGCUGGAGAAACUCGGCAUAUCGUACAACUUCGAUGCUGUUGCAUAUGUAUGUACUACACUUGCCAAUAUUCGACACUGUCUCUGA